GGAUUUUCUUACACCUUGUCUGAAGUUGAUUGAUCAUGUAAACAAGACCAUUUUCAUCAGACCAUAAUUACCGUGCGUCUAGUCAAGAAUUGUAAGGUGUAGUGGAUAUUAGAAUGGCGGCGAAUAUUUUUAACCGGGUGGGGCAGGUGGGAUUAGGCAUGGCCCUCAUUGGCGGUACCGUCAAUUCUGCGUUAUUCAACGUGAACGGUGGACAGAGAGCAGUGAUAAUGGACAAGUUCACUGGCGUUCAGAAACACGUGGUGGGGGAGGGCACUCAUUUCAUCAUCCCCUGGGUGCAGACGCCAUAUAUUUUUGACGUUAAGUCGCGGCCGAGAAACGUUCCUACACUUACAGGCAGCAAAGACCUACAAAACGUGAAUAUAAACUUGCGCAUCCUCUUUCGGCCCGUACCCGAUGAGCUGCCCCGGAUCUUCACGCAACUCGGCGUGGAUUACGAGGACAGGGUGCUCCCUUCCAUCACGGGGGAGGUGCUGAAGGCGGUCGUGGCGCAGUUUAAUGCUGAGGAGCUUAUCACGCAGAGAGAAAUCGUCUCCCAAAAAGUAAACGACAACCUAACAGAAAGGGCGAAGCAAUUCGGCCUUAUACUGGACGACAUCUCAAUCACGCACCUGACCUUCGGCAAAGAGUUCACUCGCGCCGUCGAACUAAAACAAGUCGCUCAACAAGACGCCGAACGAGCGAGAUUUUUAGUCGAGAAAGAAGAACAGAAGAAGAAAGCAGCAAUUAUUAAGGCAGAGGGAGAUUCACAAGCUGCUAUCUUGUUAGCCAAAUCUUUUGGUAAAGCGGGAGAGGGGCUGGUAGAACUGAGGCGUAUAGAGGCGGCUGAGGAUAUAGCGUAUCAGUUGUCCAAGUCACCUAAUGUCACUUAUUUGCCUGAAGGGAAUGUAUUGCUGGGUGCAAAGUAGAUGAAAAAAUUACCCAGGUGUAAGAUUGCUGCUAGAAGGCUGAAGAUUCCCCACACUUCACUGUCCGGGAAGUUCAGAACUUUGAAUGCUGAUCUAAUGUCAG